GACACUAUCUGUCGAAAAUAAGAGCAGCGUCGCGAAGGUUGAACGACCUUUCGCGUUUAUUUCUUUAUAGUUCAAAAUAAGUUUUCAAAUGGCGGCUUCUAGUCGGUUUACGGUCAAUAUCGAAGGUGUAAACAUCUCAGUAUACUUUUCAGAAGAGUGUUUUCGGUCAGCCUUGCGAUUCAAGCCCAAACCCGAUGACGUCAUUAUUGUCACUUACCCGAAAUGCGGUACUACAUGGAUGCAGAACCUUGUUUUGAAUAUUUUGCGGAGAGGAAGGACUUUUGAAAAACCAUCCGACUUUUACUUCGCAAGCCCCUUUUUAGAUCAACUGGGAGCUGAAGAUUCGGAAAAUAUGAUGAUUCGUCCUGGUUGCUAUAAGACGCAUUUGCCAUUGCACAAGGUACCAUGGUCUGAUGAUUCAAAAUACAUCUACGUCGCCAGGAAUCCAAAAGAUUGCUGUGUCUCUUUCUACCACCAUAUGAAGAACUUGCCAGGCUAUCAGUUCGCUGAUGGUACCUUUGAAGAGUUCUUCGACUUAUUCAUAAAAGGCCAAGUCGAAUUUGGCGAUUAUUUCGACCAUCUGCUUCCUUGGUACAACGCCAGACACUGUGCCAACGUGUACUUCACAACAUUCGAAGAAAUGAAGAGAGAUCUGAAGAAAGUGGCCAAAGAAGUUGCUACAUUCGUUGAUGAAAAUGAAGCAAGAUAUCUUGAUGAGAAUCCUGAAGUUUUAGAGCGCAUACUACAUAAUUGCAGUUUCCAAGAAACGAAGAAAAUGGUGAACGCAGGAUUGUCCUCGUUGUACCAAGUUCAGGACAAGGAUGUCUUGGCUCGUUUGCCAAAAGGUCGCCAACAUAUCCUUAAAUACAUGGAAGCUUUGCCGAAGAAAGACAAUAUACUCUUCAUUCGCAAGGGUGAAAUCGGAUCUUACAAACAGGAGCUGUCGCCCAAACAGAACGAAAUUUUGAAUGAAUUAAUACGAGAAAGAACGGAAAACAGUGAUGUAAUGACCCUAUGGGAAAAGUGUAUGUGAAACUUUAUAAUUAAAAUCUUUUAACCAAUAAGAUACUGUACUUUAGAUGCUAAAUAUAACCGACUUCCUUUGGCGAGGGGUAUGUUAGUGCUGUAGCGCAAUUAUGUACAGCUCAUUACGAUCGGUUAUUCAUAUGGAUUAUAUUUCCGGAAUGAUUAAUGCAGAUUAUAUUUGAAAUUAAAAUAACCGAAACUAUAUCAAGCCGACAUAUUUUUUAUUCCAUCACAAGCAACUGGUGUUGCCACUUUUUAAAAAGACAAAUUGGCAAAAACAAAGAUAAUAAAAUAAAGAUAUAGCUGCUACAUCACUCCUUCCCCAGUAACAAUCGAGUUACGAUAUAGCUUACAACAUGCAUUUUAUACAAAUG